UUUUGAGAAGCAACUCCAUGCAGCAUCAAGGGAGCCAAUGACUGUUGCUCGGCUCGCUGAGGACUUUAAGUCUUUUAAAACACAUGUCUCAGGCAUCUUGCAAUUGCUUCAUGAACAGAUGAACGAGCUCACUAAGUCCUUUGAUGAAGUUGAAAUGCGGCACCGUCGGAAAUAUCUUUUGUUUGGCGGCAUUCCAGAGUCCAAUAAUAAUGGCAAGGAUGAUGUGGUGGCCUCUGUUUCUUCUAUUAUUUCCAAUAAUCUGGGGAUUGACGGAAUCACCCCAUCUUCAUUUAAAGCAUGCCACAGGAUGGGCCAGAGAAGGGAUGGCCGGCCUCGACCAAUCUUGGUACGGUUUGCAGAAUAUUCCCUUAAGACAUCGAUUUGGCGUAAGAAGACUGCACACAAAGGAACAUCUUUUGUGAUUUCGGAAUUUCUUACACGCAGACGGCAGGCACUCUUCAUGGAAGCACGCAAAAGAUUCGGGAUCACCAAAUGUUGGUGUCAGGAAGGCAAUAUAUUUGUUAAACCUCCAAAUGGUAGACCUCGAUUAAUAAGCACUGCUAAUGAUAUUGAGCUGGCUGGUGAAGCAUUCAAGAUCCCAAAUGUCCAAAAAUCGCCACUACCUAUGGAGCGUGCUGAUAAUAGGACUGACAAGGCGGGCACUUCGAACAAUGAUAAGCAGCGGCCUAAAAGGGCGGUGAAAGUAAAAUAGCGUGCUACAUAGCUACCCCCUGAUAGUUGCAGAAGUUCUGUUUUAUAGUUUUAUUUUAAGUACCUUCCUACCGUACCGACCUGAGAUAGGUACCGACCACUCAGUAAGUGACAGAACAACUGCCAACUAAUUUGUGGCAUUGACAGUGACAAUUCGUUUUGUUUUUAGUUUGCUUUCAAACGGUGCGUUCCGUCUAAUGCAAUUUUCUCGGUACGUUC